AUGUCUAUGAGUCGAGAAAACUCACCAAAAUCACUUAUGACGCCCGUAUAUAACGACAUUACAAAAGAUAAUAUCCAUUCACAACUCCACGCCAUUAAAGACUGUCUAAGUAAGGCAAGCUUUCUUGCAAUUGACACGGAGUUCACUGGUUUAGGAAAUAGACAAGAUGGUCUUCAUGCUUCAAAUCUCGAUGAACGAUAUGAAAAUUUGCGCAAUUCAGUUAAAAAUCACGCGUUAUUAUCGUUAGGAAUAACUGUUUUUGAAGAAAAAUCCACACAAGUUGCAUCACAUUUGGAACAACGCUACAAUGUUCACAACUUCAACUUCACUUUGUUUUGUCGACAUGAAUACAAAGUGACACCAAAAAGCCUUGAAUUUUUAUUAGAAAAUGGGUUUGAUUUCAAUAAGCAGAUUCGUCAUGGUAUACCAUACUAUCCAGGAAAUGACUCGCCACACGCCAAACCGGAAGAUCAUGGCUCAAUAAUGCGUGCUAUAAUUGCUCAUAUUUUUACGUUGAAUGUACCGAUUGUCGUACACUAUGGCUUGAUGGAUUUACUUUAUCUCUAUUAUUCGUUUUACGCCGACCUUCCGGAAAAAAUGAGUAGUUUUAUCGCUGAUUUAAGUGAAAUGUUCCCGGCUGGAAUAUAUGAUACCAAAUAUUUGGCUGACUACGUGACACGAGAAAAUGUCUCAUUCCUCGCUUACCUGUUUCGGAAAGAACAGAAAGAGCAGAAACAUCAAGGAAUUAAAAGACAUGUAACAACAAUAGUACAAGAUCGUUUGCCUCCAGCAAAGCUACUGAGAGAAAAAGAAGCAGCAGCAGCGUCAUCAUCAGAUUAUAUCAAUUCAACUAAAAAUGGGAAGCGAAAAAAUAGCUCUAAACCCUAUUGUGAACAAUAUGCGUAUCAUGGAUUUUGCCACGAAAAGAUGAAAUGUGGAAAGUCACAUGAUUUAGAUUUAAUAUUAGACGAUCACGAACAUAAAAAUCGUCAAAAACGACGCAAAAUAUCUAUUCGAGAAUGUGUAAAAUCAAAAGUCUCAAAUUUAGAUUCGAACCCU